AACAGGGCGCGACACAACUAAGACGACUACUGAUGUUUGUCAGUGUAUGUAGUUGUAACAACGGUGUGUAAGUGAAACAUAUUUCACCUGGCUGAUGUAAGAACAGACUUCCAAACGUCCUGUACCUGUCUUCAACAAAGAAGAACUUUUUCAAAAGCUUUGGGUUUGGGGUAGUUGUCUGUUGUCGCACAUGCAUGCCUUGUAGAAACAUUUAAUGGGAAUGUUUGUAUUUGUCGUCGAUGUUAACUACAUGUAAUACGACCUAUCUGUGUGACCACUGCUGUCCAGGUAUCCUGUGACAUUAGAUCUCAAAGUACGUGACGGUAUUUUCCUCAUUAGUAAGUGCAGUAGUUUCACAUUACCAUGCAAUGUGGUCCUUUUACAGAGGUAGAAAGAAAGAUUCACAACUGCUCCGCGGAUAACUUGCUUUGCUUCGCGGAGAAUUAUCAUUGAGGCGGCAAUGUUGUACUAUAUCAAUCUAGCCUUCAUAAAUGCCUCACUACUUCCUUGUUGACAACCCGAAUGUAUUUCAGAUAAGGCCUCAACUGCAUUUGUCGAUGACUAUUACUAGCAUAGAGUGUGUGGAGACACGUGAUCCUGUGUACAACACAAAAGUCAAAACAAACUCGAAAUUCCCCAAUUUAGGUCGCGGAAGGCUGGUAGAUAGGGAACCGUGCCGCGCGGUGUCCUCUUAGACAAGUGACCUGUUCGGAAUAUGUACAAGCUCGCACAACAGCAAAGGGAUACCUGGUAGAAUGACAGGGAAGUGUGUGUGUCAGUGUCGCUGAUAUCUAACAUGGAAAGACGCAGUAUAACUGGUGAGUGAGUAUACAUGUAUGUCGCUUCAGAAGUAUUAACACGUUCUACCCAUUGUACACAAGCAGUGAUCUAUUCUGUCUUUGGCUGGACUUUAAAUAAUUAUAACGCCAGGCUAUCCCACAGACAGAGUAGCAGUAGUAAUUUAUAGUAGUACCGGCAGUUUAACGCCGCACUACAGCUGCAUGACAGCGGUCAGUAAAUGCUCGAGUCUGGACCAGACAAUCCAGUGACCAACAGCAGGAACAUCGAUCUACGCAGUUGGAAUACGAUGGCAUGUGUCUACCAAGUCAACGAGCCUGACCAUCCGAUUCAGAAUAUGUUUUGCCUGAAAUUUAGUUGGACUGGUAGAGGUAAAAGUAACUAAGUAAAAAGUGAAUAAAUGAUAGACGAUUACGUAAUACAUCUCACUGCUUGAGGUGACGUGAAAUCGAAGGACACUUUUGCCAUGCAUAUGUAAUUAUACAUCAUCCCACUAAAAUGUGCCAGCUGGUCACCUGCUCUGCCCCACACGAAGGGACAGGUAAAUCUGGAGGUUUAGAAAACAGGAACACAGAAACAAGACAGUCAGUGUUUAGGGCCCUCUCCUAGUAGCUAGUAGCCAAGGAGAUUCAUAUCAUUUACACAAGGGAUUGCUUGAGUUGUUUACCUUAAGUGAGCAUUACACUUUAACAAGUCGCUAAGGGCUGAACAAAUCCUCAUUGUGCGAACUAUCUAUCGCACCACUCUUGAAAACGUGUUGGGUGAAUGCAUAUCGCGUUGUUAGUCACCUGUAGUACUUGACCUACAUUUAGCCGGAUAUAACCAGGAAGUAAGUUAUAAUGCAGACCGUGCUCUGUAUCUUUCAAGAUAACUUGGCGAGUUGAGCAACCAACGUUAUGGCGAAGUCUCUGGUCGUUUGGACAUGUAUUACCUCCUUUUGCUACAUUCUUCCAUCAAUUUCUACAGACGGUGAUUCCCUGAACAUCAGCGGGGUUCUGCAGAGGGUCUAUCUGAAGUCUCCCUCAUCCACAGAGACAAAGUGAUGCACAGUUUUACAAUACAAAACAACACGUAUGUGUGCAGCUUCAAGUCUAACCUCAAUACUGAAAGCAUAUCAGUGUACGUCCUUGAUGCGAGGUUGGGACAAGGAACUCCAGGGCAAUGCUUAUCACAGCUAUCUGUCCUGCAUGAGAGCUACAUCUCAACAAGUCAUUGUUCAACAGAGUUCCAACCGUUUGAGAUACUGGACGUAACACUGGAAUCCCAACUACAUAUUUACUUCAAAGAUACCCCAAGGCUGUCUUCGGGAUUAAUUUGGCUUCUGGUCAAUGCAUCAGAACCCUUUAAUGUCACGUGUGAAACUGUGGAACGGACGACCAUUGGUACAAGCACCGUGACAACAGUCAACCAGGUUUCCUUUACAGACUACAGUAUAAUAUCAGGAUCCAGCAGAACAACGAUGCUAACGAUGACCCAUAAUGUAGUUUCCACUUUGACUGCGGACAACAACACUGAUGUUGCAGGACAAUCGGAAAAUACCACUGGUGCAAUAGCUGGUGGAGUUGUGGCCACAGUCGUAGCUGUCUUGUUUGUAACAUUGGUAUCAGUGUGGAUCAUACGGCACAGACGAACGAAUAGCAAAAGAGAAGGAGAAGACCGAAUCACUUUCUAAAGAUGCCAAGCCUGAUAUGACCUACAGUUUGGCCGGUAAGAUCCCACAGAACAACUACCAUGAAAUCCAGGAACUCAGGACACAGAACAGUGACUAUCACUACGCUACUGCGGACGGCAUGGUGCUUCCUCCAACUACAAACACGUAUUUUACCAUCGAACCUGGUUGGGGGCAAACUGCAAAAGAGACAAUUCAACAGCCUCUGCAGCUGAAGGCGAGUAUGAUCACAUUGGAGACAAGCCAUCCCAACAGACAAGUGACUACGAUACAACAGUUUCGGUGGCUCAACCAGGAAAUAUUGGAGAAGACGAUUACGGUUACAAUCUCUUCCAAAAGAAAGUCAACCCUCAGACACACCAGAAUGACUACGACACUGCUGCCUCUGCAACCUCAGGCAGUUGCCCAACUCCAGUACUACCGAAAGGAACACAGAUGAAGACGAUUAUGACCAUUGUCAAAGGGGAACCAAUGCUUCUGAGAUCGUUAGCUCGCCGUAUGAUACUACAUCAGGAAUUGACGAUAACCCUGAUUAUUCUGUUGCGGGGCAAAUGAAAUGAGCAUAUCCCGAAAUUGGAAUAUGUGUGUAUGUUCUGAUUCGUAUCGUACAUGCGCAUUUAUCUAAAUAAUCAGAUGUCUUGAACUUGACCAUGUCCUCAUUUGGGCCACUGAACAAUUUUCCUGAUUACAUCCUUUUUUAUCAAUAUCACAAA